GACUACUCCAUCCGCAAGUUCUCCGUGUGGUACUACCUCGUCGACAACAGCUUGAAGAUUAACGAGAUCAAGCAGGAGAAUAGCGGCCUCACGCAAGGUACGUUCCUCAAGAGGCACAAAGUUCCUCGCAUGGAGAAGGAUUCUCGUCCGAAAGAUUUCUUGACAUGGAGAGACAUCCGCGUCGGGGAGAUCUUGAACGUCUACGGCCGAGAGAUCACCAUCACAAACUGCGACAAGUUCACAAGAGACUUCUACAAGAAUGAAGGAAUCGAGCAAGGAGAGCAGGUCAACAUUCCUUCGGACCCUUAUAUCAUGCGGCGCAAGGCAGCAGAGGAGAAGACGACGCCCAAGAAAGACAUCGACAGACGGCGGCGAUUCUUAGACUUCAACCGAAAAGUUCUGCGGUUCUACUGCAUGUGGGAUGACAGGGAGAGGCUCUACGGAGAGCGGAGGCCCUUCACCCUCCACUUCUACCUCGAGGACGACACGGUAGAGAUCUGCGAGAUUCACAUGCCCAACGACGGCAGGGGCUCCUUCUCCAAGAUGCUGAGGAGGCAGAAGCUUCCCGUCAACUCCAAGGAGGCGCUGCAGAGCAUCGGCCAUGGGCCGUCGGAGCACUACAAGGACAAGGACUUCAUUAUCGGCAACAAGGUCGACGUGUUCGGCCGCGAGUUCUUCGUCUAUGACUGCGAUGACUUCACGAGGAGCCACUUUCUCUCCAAGUACAACAUUACCCAGCCCCCCCCCCUCACCGACAGGAUCCGCACGCCCGCUGCUGAGCCCCCGGCGCGCACGAUCCCUCCACCCACGGGCUUCGGGUCGGAGGAGGACUCGCUUGCUUGCAUGUACAGCCUUGUGCCGAAGCAGCCGAAGAAGGACGGGAGGAAGCUGAUCGAGAUGCAAGGAAAGGCGCUUCGGUUCCUGGGGAAGUUCGAAGACCCGCAGGGGGAGGAGGAGAUGGACAGGAAGUUCGUGAUCUCCUUCUUCCUCGCCGACGACACGGUCAGCGUCUUCGAGCCGCCGCAGCAGAACUCAGGCAUCGUUGGAGGUAAAUUCCUGGAGAGGAUCCAGAUGAAGAACCCCAAGACGGGCAAGAACUACACGGCACAAGACUUCCCUGUCGGGGAGGUGGUGGAGGUGAACGCCUUCAGGUUUCGAAUCCUCGACUGCGACAACUUCACCAAGAAGUUCCUCAACAAC